CAGGUUCAAGUUACCAUAGCUGCAGAGUGACACUUCAAGCCUGGGAGAAAGAGACACAGGGCGCUGGGAACGGAUGUUAACACACACCCAUGGCAAAUUCAUCCAGUGAUUCGGACUCUCACCUGUGCACCCGAGCAAGCAGACGCGGACCACUGAGGGCCACCCACGUCCACACUCGGUCACGAGGAGCUGGAGAUGUGUCUGAGAAGAUUCACACUUUGGCAAACACAUUACAGGACACCAGUCGAAAUCUGAGAAAAGUUGAUGAGAUGCUCGGACAGUACAAAGAGUACAGCAAUGAUCAGACGGAAGCUAUUGAAACUCUGAAAGAGACCCUGGAACAGUCAAUUGACCAGCUAAGAAGCCAGCGUAUGUCGCGUCUCUCGGGGGCAAGAAGUGCAUCUUUGUCCAGCUUAUGUGCCAGUGACCUAGAAACGGGAGCAGAAGGGGGUAACAGACGUUUUCAGCCGACAUCCCCCCUCAGGGACUACAGAGAUUUGGGUGUCACGCAUCGCCGCCGGUCUCGCUCAGCCAGUGUGCGAUUUGUUGAUGAUGCCAAUCAUUCUAAACCUUUGCACUCCCUGCACCAGACUGUGAGGGAUCUAAGUAGCGAUCAGGUGCGUCUGGCAGAUGACUUGAACAGAGAAUCUUCUCGGAGAAACAGAACGGAUGCAGAGAUUAAGAAAACACUGGAGGAAUUAAAUGCACGACUGAAUUCAUCCCAGCAGGAGGAAACGGUUUCAGAGCGAGUAGAGAGAAAACUCUUGGAACUAGAAAGGGAAAUGCGAAGUGAAAGACAGCAGGUUGAACGCCGUCAGGAUCAGCUGGGCCAGGUGUCCGUUCAGCUUCAACAGGCCCUGAAACAGAAAGAUAACAAAGUUGACGAAGUGGAGGAAUAUCUGAAAGGCAAGCUCAGCAGGUCUGAGAGCGACAAGAGUCAGCUUGAGGCAGAGUUGGAGCGAUACAAGAGAAGACUGGAUCAAAUAGAAGGCAGCCGUGAAACUUUGCUGUAUCAGGUGGAGGAUUUGCGCUCUCAGCUGGUUAAGGUGGUGGAUGAUCGAAGUCAUUUACAGCAGCAGGUUUCCCAGUUAUCUCUGCAAAGUCAGAAUGAGAAUCGAGACGAAGAGCGAAGGAUGCGUGCAGCCAUAGAACGCUCUGAGCAGGAGAAGCAGGAGUUGGAAUGUCAAAUAUCUCAACUUCGUGUUCAACUUAACCGAAGCGUCGUUAUGGCAGAGAUGGAGGACUUGAAACGCAGUCUUGAGCAGAAGGACCGCGAGAAGACUCAGCUUGCAGGGCAUGUGGAGGCCUUGACUGAUGGGAUGGAGAAGAGGGAAAAACAGCAGCUUCAGAUGCUGGAGAAGCUUAAAGACAUCCAGAGCCGUUAUGAUACCUGUGAGAAGGAGAGGCGUCAGGCUGAGGAGCAAGCUGUGGAAUUGGGUCAGCAGUUGGAAGAGAUGAGCCAGGAGGCUGAGAGAUAUUUGGCAGAGUUCAGGCAGGCAGAGACUCUCAGACAGGAAACAGAGAAGAAGAAGGAACAACUGAAAGUGAAGGCUCAGGAUAUGGUUAAACACUGGAGGUUGAAAUGUAAGAAGCUUGAGAAGAUGCUGGAAAAGAAAGAGGAAGUUCUCAAUCAGGAAGCAGAUCGCAGUACACAAGUGAUGAAGGAGAAGGAUGAAGCAAAGUCUCAGCUUCAAAACACCGUGCAGCAGGUUGAGAGCCUCCGCAGAGAGCUGUCGGAGGUGCUUUCCAGGCGAGCACAGCAGGAAGAAGAACUGCACUUGAGGGAGAUCCGCCUGAGUCAGUCACGGGAGCAGCUGCUGGAGCUGGAGCGAGAACUCCGCGAGUCACAGGAAGUGACCGUCAGGCUACAGGGUGAGCUCCAGGCACAAAAUGAACUACAUCAGCAGCUGCAGGAAGACCGUGAACGACUUCAAGAAGAGGUCCUCUCAGCCCGCCGGGCACAGGAAAAGAACCAGGAGAGAAUAGUGGAGCUUCAGGAGGAUUCCAGGCAGCGCAAUGCAGAAUGUACAGAACUCAGCAGCCGUCUGGCACAAGAGGAGAGGUCAAGCAAAGAGCUGCGGAAGAACCUUUGCGAGGCCCAAAAACAGGCCGAGUUUGCUCGAGAGGAGCUGACCUCUGCUGGAAGACAGCUGAAGAUGGAAAGAGAUGUCCACCAACGAGAACUGGCAGAUCUGCGCUUAGCAGCCCAGAGUGUGAAAAGCAAGCAUGAGCGAAGCAUCCAGGAGAUACUGGCACACUUCAGGCAGGAACGAGAGGAGAUCGAGAAUCAUGUUCAGGCUUUGAAGGCAGAGCUGCUGGAUAACAAGUCUUUGGUGAAAUCGGAGCGUCAGCGUGUGGAAAAAAUGAAGGUGGAGUGCGACAAGCUUUCGGAUGAAGUAUCACAUUGCAGAGAGGAGAAUGCUGCUCUCCGGUCUAAGUACCAGAUGGCCGUACAGGAUGCUGAAGAAAAGGAGCAGCAGGCAUCCUCGGUGGAACAAACUAUAAACAGAGUACAAGAAACCAAUCAGAAUCUGCAAGAUCGGCUGAGCUCUCUGGAGACAGAACAGGAAACUAUCCUGAGCACUAUAGAGAUGGAGAUAAACUCUGCCUGCCAGCUCAUGUCAAUGGACUUCUUGGAGAAAUUCAAAGCCAUAUCAGUUGGUUCCCACCUGAGGAAUGAUCCACAUUACUGGUUGGCAGAAACUAAGACCAAGCUGCAGUGGCUGUGUCAGGAGGUAAAAGAACGGGAGGGCAGAGAGAGGAAGAUGCGCGCCCAGGACCAGCAGUCCCGGGAACAACUAAAAGAACUCAAAAUUAGAAAAGAGAACGAACAGGAAGCUCUGCACCAGCGGAUACAGAAACAAGAGCACCAACUGGAAGAUGGUCUCAGGGAGAACAGUGAUUUGCUGGAGAAGAUUCGCAGACGGGAUGAGGAGAUGUGGCUGCUUCAGGAUCGGAUUGUGGAUCUAGAAAGGAGCACACGGAUGGCUCUUGAUCACCUCGAGUCUGUCCCUGAAAAGCUGAGUCUUUUAGACGACAUGAAGCAACUUAGUGAUUCAUGUAAGCAGAGAGAAGUGAUGGAGGAGAGGUACGCCCAGUAUCGGGAGAUCGUGGGCUCCUUGCAACAGCAUCUAGAAGACUCUAAGCGCCAGAUCCAGGAGUACAGAGAAGAGAAAUCUAAAGCUAAUGUUCAAAGUGCACGGCUGACAGCUCUGUCUUCAUCUCUGAGAGGAAAUGGCAGUUUUUUGUCGAGUUCCUGGUUGUCAGAUUCCAGCUCUCCUGUAAAACGGGAUCAGGUUCUGCAUGGUGACGGUCUGAAGGGCUACACACAAAACGCUGGUGUGAAUGUGACAACUUCCUGAAAAAAGAAAAAUAAAUUUCACAUCAGAAUGGCCUGGAUUUUGUAAUUGCACAAGCCAGAUUACUAAUGUGCCAAAAUGAGUUUCUCCGCAGUGCAAGAGUUAAUUAAGCUGACACUGGAGCACCAGCAGAGCAUAUUGAGGGUUCUGCAAAUACACGGAACCACUGUUUUCAUGUUACAUGCACAUAAAAUGCUUAUUUAUAUUUUUUUAUAU